GAAGGUUUUCGGCGAUUGGGUCUGGGACUUGGAGCAGGCCAGAAAUGGCAGAAAAUGAAAAGCAUAUGCUGGAAACUCAGGAGCAAGGUGAUUCACUGGAGAAGGAAGACUUUACCCAUGCAACACAAGAACCAAGUGAUGAUCCUGAAGUAGAGGAAAGCCCUUCCGAUCAGCACACACACACUGAUGAAGUGUCACGGGAGUAUCCUUCUGACAAACCAGCAGAUGGGAUGGUUGAUGCAUCAACCAAAACUGAUAAUACUGCUAUGUUACAUUCAGAAGAACCUGAAAGUUCAGACCAUGUGGAAGAUGGUACAGCUGAAGGAGUCAUGACACAAGAGGAAAUCACAACAGAUGAAACAGUAGAAACAAAGCAUGUGGUAACACCAGAUCAUGCUGAGGAUUCCAAGCCAGUUGAUUCUGAAAUCAUAAAUCAUGGUGUUGGGGAAGGUCCAACUGCUGAAGUCAUAAUGGAUGAAACAGUGGGAAAAAGUCCAAUUGCAACACCAGAGGCAAAUUUAGCUGAUGUAACAAAAACAGGCCUAACAGCAGCAGAAUCUCUAAUUAUAGACUGUAGCAAAAUUCAUAUGGGUGAAGCUGCAAUAAUUUUGGACUGUUUCAAAUGUACUACUACAGAAAGCUCUACAUCUGGUCCAUCACAUGAGAUGCCAGAAGGAGGACCUACAGUUACAGAUGGCAGCAGUAGAGGUAUGGAAGCAAUUGAACCUUCUUUAACUUGUGAGGAACUGAAGAAAAAAUUAGAAGCACAGAUCCAAGCUAUUGAAGAAGUGCAUGGUAAAAUUGAACCAGCAGUGAGCGAGUCACCAGUUUCCAAAACAAAAGCUACUGAAUGUUUGCUUUUACAAACACCUGGGACUGUUGCUGAUAGAGACAUAAAAAAAAGAUCCACAUUAAAGUCAUAUCCUGCUCCACCAAAGACCCCAUCACCAGACUUUGCCAGUAGUACAGCCACAGUUAAAGUUGCUUUGCUCCCUUCUGAUGAUGUGAUGACAGUGGCAUUACCGAUCUGCCUUACAAUAGGGAAGCUAAAAUCACGAUUUGGAAGACAAUUGAAAUUACCUACACAGGUGUUGCAAGUAACAUGUGAUGGUAGAAUGGUAAAGGAUUCUGAAACACUGGUAGAUUUAGAUGUCAGACCACAUGGUGCUAUCCAGCUAGAAUUGUCAUCAACUGACCCUGAAAACUGUCCAAUCAAGCGAAUCAGAACACAGCAGGAAGCUACCACAUCUGAUGUGAUAAUGGUCAAAAUUGAGAAAGAUAAUGAGACAAGUUGCUCUGUGGUGGUGGAGAUCGAAAGACUUCCAUAUCAUAAGCCUUAUUUGGGUGGCUAUAGACACAAGCUUACAGGAACAGAAUUCCACCAUGCAGGGACACAAACUCCAGCAAAAAGGAAUUAUAUUUGUGUGGAAAGGUUCUGCCGAGAGACACAGACGGUUUCUGAAAGAAAUCAGUAUCAACAAACAACAAAUAAUACCUCAACACAGAUGACCAAAAUUGGCUGUUAUGUGUCCAGCAUCACAGAUAAGUUGCUUACUCCAAGAAGGUACUUCACUGCUGAAGAAUAUCAUGCCUGCAGGUUGAAUGCGGUGAUUAUAAUACAGACUUACUUCAGACGGUGGUCUGCUAAGAAUUAUGUUCGCCAGCUGAGAAUGCAGAGGGACCGGAGGCUACAAUGGGAACAGGAGCAGGAAGUGAAAUUUAAAAAAGAAAGAACUGAUUAUAUAAAGAAACAAUAUGAAAGGAGAAUGAACCCUAAGACAAAAGAAGAUUUUGACUUACUCUUUCAUGCACUGGAAGAAUGGAAACAGGAUGAGCUCAACAACAUAAACCAGAAUCUUACUGGGCCAGAGAGAAAAGCAGCUCUUUGCACACUCCUGGAACAAGAAGCAAAGCUCAUUGCAUCUAUUGGAAGGCAUAGAGUUGAUGCUACUAAGGAAACUGGACCAAAGUUAAUUAAGAAUCUUUUGAAUAAGUGUGCAGACCCCAUAAGAUGGAAAGCGUUUGAUGGGAGAAUCACUGAAAUGGACACACAGUUCACUAUUCGGGCAAGAGAGCUGCGUGAUAUUUACAACAGUAUUAAUAUGAAAUACCUGACCACAGAUGAGAGACUGGAUGCUCUUUUAACACUAAAGCACACAGUCAAGGAACAUGACUGUAAGUUAACACAGGAAAUUGUGGAUUUGAUCGACCGAGAAGCAGAUCUAAUUAUGAGGCAAGUAAAGGAAACUUACCUGGAUGGACUCAGACAGAGAAUAUCAACACUCUUUCUUCAGUACAUCAAAACACCAAUGUUUAACCCAGAGGUUGCCAGAUUUCUUAAGGUUCCACAGGAUCCAAUGGAAUUGCGCAAAAACAUUUAUUUCUGUUCAAGUUGUGGGAGUUACUUACCUUCCACAGAGUUCCCUCUGUCACUGACUUCACGGAAUCUCCGUGUGUGUCAACAAUGCAUUAAGCAGAAUAAUGAAGCUUGUCAUCGUGAAGCGUCAAGCCAGUACAAACUGAUCAUGAAGCAACUGAGAAAAACUGAGGCAGAUUUCGGAGAUGGAGCCCAAAUAGCAUUCUUGCUGCGGGAAGAAGAUAUGAAAUACCUCAUUGACAGUAUUUGGGGUACACAGUCUGCAUUGAGUGCCAAUGCAAGUCUGAAGGAUCUGAUAAUGAUAAGGUGGGAUAAAAGGUCUGAGUGGUCACCAUGGAACUGUAUCCUCCUUACAGAAGAGGAAGCUGCGGCUCAUCUUAAACUUGGUGAUAUCGAAAAAGAUUAUGAGGCCAUGUUUAUUCGCAAGAUCAAGCACCGACAUACUUUGGGAAAGAGUUACUUUUCUCGGAUUCCUGAAAUAAUGAAUUAUGCACGCACCUGCUUGAUGAAAGACUCAACUUCCACAAAUGAUCUCGUAAUUACUAAUUUACUUCGUGCUAAAUGAAAGUUACAUCAUUGGACAACGUUGGACUGAAGUAUACUAUAAUGCUCAAUUUCGAUUAAAAUUACAGCUUUGUUGAAUAAAAUGGUACAAUGUUAUUCCUUGAUCAGAGAUUAUAAGUGAAACAAAAACUAAUUGAAAUAUCUUUAGUUUAUAGCCACAGACAGUAAAUGAAGUAAAUGGAUUUGGUUUGAAUUCCUCUUUAAAAUUUUGAAUGUAAUCCCAUAAAUUUGAACAUUUUUCUGACAUUUUCCCAUUACAGUAGCCAAUUCAAUGGGUACUUGAAAUGAAAUUUGAUCUGUUGCAUAAAAUAUCUGACAUAGUCUUUAAGUAGGAAAGACUUUACUACGUUCUACAAAAUAGUCUCAGCUAUCGCACACGUAAUUUGAUCUUUCCAGACUGGUGAAAGUCAUAAAACCUCAGCUUGGUUUAAAAAGAUGAAAAUGUUAUUGAAAAGUAAGAUAAUACUAAAGGGAAAAAUAUCAAUAUGAUUUUAAUCUUGUGCACUUAAGACAAAAUCAUACCUCCCUGGAACUACUUGCACAAAUGCUGGACCUCUGAAAUGUAUUAAAGCAAAAAUAUGAGCUUAUCCUAUCUCCCAGGUGGAUGCAAGUCUAAUGCAGAGGCAUCAGUUAGUGAUUAAAUCAGGGAUACAAAGCUUAUCCUGUUAGUAUGCAAAAGAACUGGUUCUGUGAAAAUUUAGCUGGCAAAGUUCUAAUCGGUAGUCUCAGAAAAGCUGAAUUCGUUUUCAAACUAACUUGUUCAGAAAAAGAAUUCAAAGCAAGAUUCUAGCUGAAAGCACUACUUGUGAAAGUGUGAGUGUGCAGCUGUUAUUUUUCAUUUAUUAAUUUUAAUAGGUUGUUCAUCUUGUGUGCUCUUUUUUUUCAAAUAACAAAACCCUUUGUUAUUUAGGUUGACUACAGGAAUUAGUUCCAGUAAAGAAGAUAAAUCUAAAAAGAAUAACAUUGCAAUACACUAAUUUCAACCAGGAUGCUAUUCUAUACAGAUAACAUGUUCAUCAUAUUGUUGAAAUUACAUUAUUAAUGUAAAAUAUUCUGUUAUCCUUUGAAUAAUUGAGUAAAAAUCCAUAGAUGUUGUGCAGUCAUUUUUCCACAGCAUUUUAGAUUUAAAAUAAAAUAUACAGUAUUUCUUGCAUUUAAAAUACGUAAAUGAGAAUCAAAUGAUAGAACACAUUUGUUCUAAACUAUGGAUGUGAACUCACUUUUUGCAUAAAGAUCUGUCAAGAUCUUAUAUUGUAUUUAUGUUCUCUGUUCUCUAUUCAAAUUGUAUCUUUACUUUAAAUGAUACACUUAUUGAUAUAUUCCUUUGGUCAGUUUAUCAUUUUACUAAUUGAUAACAGUUUUUAAUCAUUGUGGCUCUAUUCAAAUUUACAAAUAAAAGGUA